UUUCAGCUUGUAUUAGUCGGAGAUGGUGGUGUUGGAAAAACAACUUUUGUAAAACGUCACGUUACAGGAGAAUUUGAAAAGAAAUAUGUUGCCACAUUGGGUGUAGAAGUAAAUUCUAUGUUGUUCAACACAAAUAGAGGCCAUAUUAAAUUUAAUGUAUGGGACACAGCUGGUCAAGAGAAAUUUGGUGGUUUAAGAGAUGGAUACUACAUUCAAGGUCAAUGUGCUAUCAUUAUGUUUGAUGUAACAUCAAGAAUCACAUAUAAAAAUGUCCCUAACUGGCACAGAGAUUUAGUGAGAGUUUGUGAGAAUAUACCAAUUGUUUUAUGUGGUAAUAAAGUUGAUAUCAAAGAUAGGAAAGUAAAGGCCAAAUCUAUUGUUUUUCACAGGAAGAAGAAUUUACAGUACUAUGACAUCAGUGCUAAAAGUAACUACAAUUUCGAGAAACCAUUUUUAUGGUUGGCCAAGAAAUUAGUGGGAGAUGCAGAUUUAACAUUUGUUGAAAUGCCUGCUUUAAAACCACCAGAGGUUCAAAUGGAUGAAGCUACCCUUAGACGAUAUGAAGAAGAACUCAGAGAUGCAGCAGAAACAGCUUUACCAGAUGAUGAUGAUAAUGAUCUUUAA